GUUCCCUGGAACGCUCGGAGAUCAACAAACGUUCCUGAUGAAGGUUAGCUGGUGCGUAGCAAUGUCGUCAUGGAUCAUUGAGAAGUUAAAACUGAGAACCUUGAAUGGAAUCAUAUGAUUAGUCACUGUUAGUCACUGUCCAACAUACUGGAAGCUAUAAAGUCGUUCCCAGCCCCUUCCGGAACAACUCCAUUUCAAUUUGAAGUCUAUUCACCCACAAACUAACAUCAUGGGCACAUAUCCAACUGCAUUUUGCGCCGCCCAAGUGGUGGGCUUGACUGGCGCCGCCUGGCUUUCUGGCAAAAUCCUCUCAUUGAGCACAAUUACCGUGCCCGCACUUAUACAAUCGACGCGAGAAGAUAAAUUACCGCUCGAUGCCGCUGUCAAAUUAUGGCGCAACCUGUAUAACAAAGGCAAAAGCCAAGCACCUCCCAUCGCCGCUGCCACCUCCGCAGCGUUUCUUUAUUGUGCCUGGGCCGUUCGCGCUGGCACGACGCUAGCCCCAUUGACCCCGACUCACAGCUCCUCUUUGUAUUGUGUUGCAGCGGCCUUGACGUUGGGUAUCGUACCCUACACCCUUGGCAUGAUGCUGGGUACCAACAACAAGUUGAUGGACCUAGCCAACUCGGGUCGGGUGGUAGACGAGAAGUCGAGCGUGGAAGUCGAGUCGUUGUUGUCCCGGUGGUUGAAGCUCAAUGCCGGUCGGGGAUUGUUACCGUUGGUGGGAGGCCUUGUUGCUCUUACUGCAGCUAUUCCUUGGCCACUGGAGAUGAUUUAAUUUCGGGCCUUUAUUUUGUCUUUGUGCUUCUUGGGGAAAUAUGCGCUCGUGCUGCACGAAAGCGAAAUCGAUGUCGGUGGGAAUCUUGGCGUUGGUUGCAUCCUUUU